UCCUUCUCUAUUCCUCUGACUGCAGAACUGAGGCAAAGCAUUUCCUGGCAUAGAGAGCUUAAUCACCGGUCAACUGUAUCUUCCCUGGAUGGAUCACACAACCAAGAGACCACCAUGGCAAGCAAAGACACAUCGUCAAACAUUCAAGAUACGAUUGCAAGUAACCUUAUCGACCAAGGACCACCUGCAAGGUAUCAGCUGGAAACAAAGGAACAGAAGCUAGAUGAUGAAGGCAUGCUCAGAAGAUGUACCUUUGGAGAGAGAGAUUCCACCAAGGUUAACAGAACCGUUCUGAUAGUGGGAGAGACAGGAACAGGGAAGUCAUCUCUGAUCAAUAUCAUGGUCAAUUAUUUCCUGGGUGUAAAACAGGAGGACAAAGUCUGGUUUGAGAUUGUGGAGGAGGAAAUAGAGGAAAAAAGUCAGACUGAAAUUCAAACUACAGCGAUUACUGUAUAUGAGGUAUUUGGGUUUGAGGGAAUUAAAGUGCCAUACUCUCUCACCAUCAUCGACACUCCUGGGUAUGGAGACACCAGAGGGAUUCAAGUAGACCAACUGAUCUCUAAAAAACUAUUUGAGUUGUUUAGAUCUGAAUAUGGAGUCCAUCAAAUUGAUGCUGUUGGUUUAGUGGUGAAGGAAAGUGCAAAUCGACUCACUGUUGAACAGAAGUACAUAUUUGAUGCAGUUUUGUCUUUAUUUGGCAAAGACAUGGAGAAGAACAUUGUGGCACUCAUCACACACUCAGAUGGUUUUGAACCUACUAAUGCUCUACAGGCCUUAGAAGAUGCUCAAGUCCCCUGUGCAAAAGAUGACAGCAAUCAAUCUAUUUAUUUCCUAUUCAACAACUCUCAAAGAAAGAGUGUCACCUCUGCAAAAGCAGCCCAGGCCAUGAAAGAAGAACGUAUCUUGAAGAAUUUAUGGGACUUAUCAGAGGAGAGCAUGAAGGAAUUCACAGAGUUCCUGGGUAGAAUAACACCUCGAAACGUGAAGAUGUCUGAAGGAGUUCUGAGAGAGCAGAAACACCUGGAGGAGUGUGUCAGCAACAUACGCAAGCAGGUCCACCUGAUUGAUCUGAAACAGAAUGAAAUCAAGCAGACUCAAGAAGCACUCGAUAAACACAAGAAAGUCAUGGAGGAAAACAAGGACUUUUCAUACACUGUUGAGGAGAAAUACAAAGGAAAGGCAGAUACAAAUGGAGGUGAGGCUACCACUUGCACAGUCUGUGAGGAGAACUGUCACUUUCCAGGCUGCUGGUGGGUCAAAGAUCUCUCAUGGUGUACUGUGAUGGAGAAGAACCACUGCACAAAGUGUACUGGGAAAUGUCACUACACCAGUCAUGUCAAAGAAAAUAAAAAGUAUGUUUUUAUGAUCAGGCAGGUUACAAGGACGAAUGAGGAAUUGAAAAAGAAAUAUGAAAUCAUUGAGAAAGCGGCUGGGGAGAAAGAGACUCUGAUCAGCAGACUUCAGUCAGAGUUGAAGCAGUUCACAUCUGAGAAAGCCAAACUGGUGGAAGAAUCAUACCAGUGUGUCAUCAACCUUGAAGAGAAAGCCUUAAAGACCAGUUCACUGUCCACUGCUCAGCAUCUGGACUUCCUGAUUGAGAAGGUGAAGGAGACAGGAAACACAGAGAAGAUUCACAAACUGGAGAAGAUGAAGAAGAGAGCUGAGGAGGAACACAAGGGAGCUUUAGAUUACUUUAAAGCUGGUAUGAAGAAAAGGUUAAAUAAUCUCUGACAGAAGUACUGAGAUAGUAGGGCAAAAAAAUAACACAUGAAAAUAAAACAUGAAAAUAGGAUAGAAAAGAGAUGCUGGGUGGAACUGAAAUCUGUUCUUCUUAAUCCUUUUUCUCUUCAAGAAAUACUGUACAUUUAAUGUCAACCACAUAAUAUGUUGUAUGAGAUUAACCAAUGCUAUGUUUUGUUUCUUAAUCAUAACCUCAGAUGAUGGGUCUGCCUACACGAAUAACACACUUUCGUCAAUAGCUUGCAUAUAUGACAUUCUUUGUAAAUACAUUUUUGUUAACAUGACAUGUUUUUGUCACUGAAAUCACCUUGUGUUUAGAAUGAAUGACAAUGUAACAUGUUUAUCUAAACCCUCCGGUUGCUGGGCCAACUCUCUAAGGUAGCUAGGCUACCUGCAUGGAACCUGUCAGAGGAGGGCAUGAUGGAUUUCACUGAGUUCCAGAGUGGAAAAACACCUACAAAUGGGGAGAUUAAUGAAGAAGUUCAGAGAGAACACAAACAACUGGAGGAAUUUGGCAGCAUCUUACGUGAAUGAAUCCACAUGACUGAUAUGUAGCAGGAUGCAAUCAAACAGACUCUAAACAACCAUGGAGGAAUACAAGAAAGACAUGGAGUAAAAUAAGGACUUUACAUAUACUGUUGAAGAACAUUACAAAGAGAAAGUCCCCAUAGAAUCACCAUGGUGGCAUUUAAGUAAACAGGCAAUGUCCUGCAGUGUCUGCGAGGAGAACUGUCACUUUCCAGGCUUCUGGUGGGUUAUCGUGUAGUGUGAUGAAGAACAACCAAUGCACUGUUUGUAAAACAAAAUGUCACUACACCAAGCAUGUCAAAUUAUACAAAAUGUAUGUUACCAAGAACAGAUCGAUUCUCGGGACAUAUGAAGAGUUGAAAAAGAAGUAUGACAUCAAUAAGAAAGCAGCUGUGGAGAAAGGGGGUCUGAUCAGCAGACUCCAGACAGAGUUGGAGCAGUUCACACCUGAGAAAGACUGGUGGAGGAAUCCUACCAGUGUGUCAUCAAACUGGAAGAGAUCGCCUUGAAGGCCAUCUCACUGUCCACUGCUCAGCAUCUGGACUUCCUGAUUGAGAAGAUGAAGGAGACAGAAAACACAGAGUUGGUUCAUCAACUGGAGAUGAUGAAGAAGAGAGCUGAGGAGGAACACAAGGGAGCUUUAGAUUACUUUAAAGAGUAAAGGGUGGAAUCAACUCUUUUAAAUUUAUUAAUUUUUUAUUUCACAUUUAUUUAACCA